AUGCCUGUUAAUCCAUGGACCCUUUUCUGGGCUUCCUUUUUUACCGUUUUAUCAACUGUUGCAGGUUUGAAUCCACAAGGGGAAGCGCUUAUCGCGUGGAAGAGCACGUUGAAGGGGUCCCUCAAGGCUUUAAGCAAUUGGGAUCCUACAGAUGAUACCCCUUGUGAAUGGUUCGGAUUAACUUGCAACUUCAAUAAAGAAGUUGUGGAGCUGAAUUUGAAGUACAUGGACUUACUUGGACAUGUUCCGAGUAAUUUCAGUUCAUUGGUGUCGUUGAAGAAGCUAGUCUUGUCCGGGACAAACUUGUCAGGAUCAAUUCCAGAGGAGAUUGGAAUUCUUCCAGAAUUGGUGUACUUGGAUUUGAGUGACAAUGCAUUGACAGGUGAAAUUCCAGGUGAGACUUGUCACUUGCCUAUGCUUGAACAACUUCUUUUGAACAAGAAUCGACUGGAAGGAUCUAUUCCAGCUGCAAUUGGGAAUUUAACAUCCCUGAUGUCGUUGAUUAUCUAUGAUAAUCAACUCAGUGGACCGAUUCCAGGCAGCAUUGGCAGCCUGAAAAGGCUUGAAGUUAUUAGAGCUGGAGGCAACAAAAACCUGGCAGGCUCAAUCCCACAGGAAAUUGGCAGUUGUACCAAUUUGAUCAUGUUAGGCCUGGCAGAAACCAGCAUUUCAGGAUUCCUCCCUCCAUCCCUCGGCCUCUUGCAAAAACUCGAAACCAUUGCUGUCUACACCACUCUUCUCUCCGGCCAAAUUCCACCGGAAUUAGGCGCCUGCACUUCCCUGGAAAACAUCUACCUCUACGAAAACUCCCUUACCGGCUCAAUCCCGACAAAUCUUGGUAACCUUCGUAGUCUACAAAACCUCCUUCUCUGGCAAAACAAUUUGGUGGGAACCAUUCCUCCCGAGCUUGGAAACUGCCAUCAACUACUCGUAAUCGACAUUUCCAUGAAUUCGUUAACAGGCAGCAUCCCUGAAACUUUUGGGAGCCUGGUCUCAUUACAAGAGCUGCAGCUGAGUGUAAACCAAAUAUCCGGCAAAAUUCCUGCAAAACUCGGGAAUUGUACGGCCCUCACUCACAUCGAACUUGACAACAAUCAAAUCACUGGUACUAUUCCAUCAGAAUUUGGGAAUCUGCCAAAUCUGACGCUGUUAUACUUGUGGCAAAAUAGCCUGGAGGGUAAUAUUCCACCAUCUUUGUCUGCAUGUCAUAAGUUGGAGGCGAUUGAUAUGUCACAGAAUACAUUGACAGGUCCAAUUCCAAAAGGUAUUUUUGAGUUGCAGAAACUGAACAAGCUUUUAUUAUUAUCUAACAAUCUUUCCGGCAACAUACCGCCGGAAAUCGGGAACUGUUCGUCCCUGAUUCGAUUCCGGGCCAGUAGUAAUAUGCUUACAGGGCCAGUUCCGUCAGAAAUCGGGAGGUUGAAGAAUAUAAAUUUCUUGGAUCUGGGUUCAAACCGGUUAACCGGAAUUAUACCGAUAGAGAUCGCUGGAUGCCAAAAUCUGACGUUUCUUGAUCUGCAUUCAAAUUCUCUCUCUGGACAGUUGCCAGGGAAUUUGAACCAGCUAGCCACGCUCCAGCUCUUGGAUGUAUCUGAGAAUUUCGUUGAAGGUACGCUGAAUCCGAGUCUUGGCUCAUUGAGUUCACUGACAAAGCUUAUCCUUAGGAUGAACAGGCUAUCUGGUUCAAUACCAACCCAACUCGGUUCGUGUUCCCGGCUUCAGUUGCUUGAUUUAAGUAGCAAUGGGCUCGACGGACAGAUUCCGGCGAGUUUGGGGAAGAUUCCGGCAUUGGAGAUUGCUCUGAAUUUGAGCAGGAAUAAACUUUCCGGUGAGAUCCCAUCAGCGUUUACCGCAUUGGAUAAGCUUGGAGUUUUGGACCUUUCCUACAACCAGCUAUCUGGGGACCUUCGUUAUCUGGCCGAACUUCAAAAUCUUGUGGUGUUAAAUGUGUCACAUAAUCAAUUCUUGGGACACGUGCCUGACACGUCAUUCUUCUCCAAGCUGCCACUUAGCGUUCUAGCUGGCAAUCCCGAGCUGUGUUUUUCCGGUAAUGAGUGCUCUGCCGACAAGGGUGGAGCCACUAAACACGGCAAGUCGGCGAGGGUGGCAAUGGUGGUGUUGCUCUGUACUGCAUGUGUCCUACUAUUGGCUGCACUCUACAUUAUCCUCGGAGGCAAAAUGCGGGAACGUGGUGCCCACAAUUCUGAUUUGGACAGCGUCGGCGAUGUAGAGUUAGGUCCACCAUGGGAGGUCACGGUGUACCAAAAGCUUGAUUUGUCAAUUGUUGAUGUAACCAAGUGUUUGACAGCUGUCAAUGUGAUUGGUUGCGGGCGAUCGGGCAUAGUUUAUCGAGCAAACAUUCCAUCAGGAUUAGUUAUAGCUGUAAAAAGAUUCCGGACAUCGGAAAAGUGCUCUGCAUCGACAUUUUCGUCUGAGAUUACGACGUUAGCUCAUAUUCGACACCGGAACAUUGUUAGACUAUUGGGUUGGGCAGCUAACCAGAAGACCAAGCUAUUGUUCUACGACUACAUGCCUAAUGGAUCAUAUGGCUACUUUGCUCCUGAAUAUGCUUGCAUGGUAAAAAUUACUGAGAAGAGCGACGUCUAUAGCUAUGGAGUCGUGUUGCUAGAAAUCAUAACUGGGAAGAAACCAGUUGAUCCAUCGUUCCCUGAUGGACAACACGUGAUUCAAUGGGUUCGGGAUCACCUAAAGAGUAAAAAGAACCCUGUUGAUAUCAUUGAUCAAAAGCUUCAAGGCAAUCCGGACACACAAAUUCAAGAAAUGCUCCAAGGCCUUGGAAUAGCCCUACUCUGCACCAGUAACCGAGCAGAGGAUCGCCCUACAAUGAAAGAUGUCGUGGCCUUAUUGAAGGAAAUCCGGCAUGAGCAGACUACCGUAAGUGAAUCCCACAAAACAGCCAGCAAAUCAUCUAAAAUCUCCGAAGUUCCAUCGAAUUCAUCCACAUCUGUGAUCCCAGCUCAGUUGCUCGUCCAAGGUGCUCCUCCUGCAGCGGUCGUGUUGGAAGAUGAUGCGCCUAGCGCAGCAUCGCGCGAAGAGCGCCAAACCAGUUGUUCUGGUGGUGCAGCGCCCCCUGGAAAGGUGGUGCAUCCAGCAGGGAUCACACGAAGAUGUAAUGAGCAAAGCAACACCAUCGCCGAGAACAUGUGCUCUGCACCACCACCAGAUCGUUGCUACGCUUCGAGAUUCGUCUGGCUGGAGCAAAAAAAGAGUGAGACUCGCCAAGACCAUCGUUGA